AUGGCCACACCAGCUGCAGAGAGGAUGAGACAGGUCCACCUCGGUCUUGCAUCCUCCCCCUGCCCUAUCGCCGCAGGACGGGAGGAGCACGCCGCGCACGAGGCGAUGCUGCUCGCCCGGUGUCCCGCCCGCGCCUGGCCGCACGCCUCGUACCGCGCGUCCUGCCCGCGUCCCGUGCUCCUCACCGGCGCGCACAUCCGGCACCUGAACGUGCUGCACGACGCGCUCGCCGCCGCCAUCGCCGACAUCGUGCCGCGGUGGUGGCGCGACCGGGACGCCGGGUUUCCGGAGCGCAUGCCGCUGCCCGCGGACGAGGAGGAGCUUCUCCAGUGGCUGGAUGAGCAGGAGGACGCCGGUCGUCUCGGGCCGUUCUCCUCCUGUCAGGGCUCCUGGCGGCCCGACUUCCUCGUCGAGGGGGAGGUGCGCGCGGACGGCAGCCUCGCCGAGAACUUUCGCAUCUCCGAGAUCAACGCGCGCUUCUGCUUCAACGGCUUCAUGCACGUCGCGCACGGUAGCGCCGCGCUGACGGACAUGGUCGGCGCCACGGCGGGUUCCGGCCUGGUCGCCGCGACCGACGGGGAGGAGCUCUUUGAAGGCCUGCUCGGGCUCUUCCGGCACGACCGCCCGAUCCACCUACUCAAGGGCGACGAGCCCGGCAUCGACAUCCACAUGUUCAUCGAAGCCGCCCGCGCGCGCCUCGGCGUCGCCCCGCGCCUCGUCCACCCGUCCUCCCUACGCCUCGCCCUCGACGCCCACGGCCGGGAAACCCUCUGCUGCCUAUCCGCCACCUCCCCCUCGUUGCGGACGGCCGCCGGCGAGGCGGUCGAGGAGAUGCACCAGGUGGGCGUGGAGCUGCGCCAGCGCGAGCUGCGCGCCCUCCCGCCCGCGAUCCGGCGGCACCUCGCCCUGCGGGGCGUCAACGACGCGCGCACCGCGCUGCUCGUGCACGACAAGCGCAUGCUGGGCGUGGUGCGGCAGGAGCUGGGCGCGCUGGUCGCCCGCGGCGCGCUGACCGCGGCGCAGGCCGCGCUGCUGGAGCGCGGCGUGGCGCACACCUUCCUCCCGGGCUCCCCGGAGCUGGACGACGCCCGGCUUCUUGAAGACCGGGCGGGGUACGUGCUGAAGCCGGUGCGCGGGGGCAAGGGCGUCGGCAUCCGCUUCGGCGAGGACAUGGACGAGGCCGCGUGGCGGGAGGCGCUCGCCAAGCUUCGGGGACGGCCGCGGCCGCCGGGUGACGACGACGAGGACGGUCGUGCGUGCGUGGUGCUGCAGAGACGCGUGAGGCAGCUGAGGUACGAGCUGGUGCUCGGGCGCGACGGCGAGGUCGUGCGGUACCCGCUGGUCGGCACGUACCACGUCGUCAACGGGCGGUGGCUGGGCAUCGGCAUCUGGCGCAGCAGCGGGGAGCGCGUGUGCGCUGUGUCCAGCGGGGGUUCGUGGAUGUGUUCGGUUGUGAGGUCGUGA